AGUAAUAAAUAUGAAGAAGAAGAAUGUGAGUCAACGAAGAUCUGCUGGUGUGUGACUGCAGAAAAAAAAUCACAAUAUUUACUCUGGAUUUUUUCUCUGAGAGAGUUACACGAAGUUUGUUGCAUGAGAAAUCUGUCGCGGAUUUUUCACCUUGACAAAUACGUUCAAUAGAAGGACACAGACAGCUGCAAACCUUAAUCUGCUUCUGUUAUAAUAACAAUGUUUGAUGGAUUAACUUGAUCAAAGCAGACAACCAUGCACUCAAAGACCCAGGCUUACAGACCGGCACCGAGGAUCAGGACUACAAAAGACUCUCUGUUGAACACGGGGGACUGAGUAUGAUGGUGAACCCGGACCACCAACCAACAGACCGGUAUCAAGUCUGCUUCAGAUCAGAGAUCCCUCGACUUCCUGUGUGGAUUUCCCUCCUACAGGCUCCACAAGUCAGCUUGUACACGUAGCUGUAAGGGCUGCCCGAUACCCACAGCAGACACAGUAGCUCCACAGUCAUGUCCCGGUCCAGUCGUCGGUACAAACCCCUGCAGCAGCAGAGCAGCGGCGGCAGCAGCGUCUCUCUCCCCGGCUGUGAUCGUGUACGGCGGCUGCCCCGAGCCCGGGUCCUGCUGCUCGGUCUCCUCGGGUUUGUGGUUCUUGCGGGGGUGCUGGGGGUCUACCUGUCCAACGAAACCACCACCAGUGGACAGGUGAACCGCAUAACAGCGACAGAUCUGAGCAAAGACCGGGUAAGAAUAACAGUAUUGUAUUCUGCAGACAAAAUAUUACCAAAGAACAGGGGUCUUUAAUGGACCCUGAAGUGUUAACUGAGAAAUAACCACUAACAGAUGGUGUUACUCUGCCAAUUCCACAGACAUGUCAGUGUCUCUCUCACAGUACAGAGAGAACUUAUAAGAUACUAAUAUAGUAAUAUCUGCCUCAUGACUCCCUCUCCUUACUGUAAAAAUAAAUCACAACUCUUGUUUUCGUGGAGAGUUACAGAGCAGGCAUGCUGGUCACAUGUUCUCUGAUGGGAUUAUUAACCACUGACAAAUCGAUAAAUGGAAGCACAGCUGCUAUUUUUAUGUGCAAUUGAUCACCUAGUAUGGGGGAGAGUGGGGUAAGAUGAGCCAUUUUUUCAUAUUUCAGAUCACUACAUCAAGACAAUCAUAGUUUUGUCUCUAACUAGUGUAUCUGCAUAUAUUUCAGACACAACAACAACACAAUUCUAAUAAAACUUAUGACAGACUAAAUUCACUUUCAAUAGUGAAUGAUGUUUUUUUGUAAAUAAAUGUCUAACCCCUUCACUCAUGUGCUUCUAACCUUCACAGACUCCAUGAAUUGAUGCCCAUCUCCUAAAUAUUUGGUCACAUGAUCAAUUUCUUUUACUAUUUCCAAGAAAGAGAGGGUGGCUCAACUUACCCUUUGGCUCAACUUACCCCAGUCUCCCCUAUAUCUCUCAGCCAAGUACCAACGAUUAUCAGGUUCCAUCCAUGACCAUCUGCAGCUUUUACUCCAUUUAAAUCUCAGUUUUCAUUAUUAAGAUUUCCAUCAAGGGCAGCUUAUAAAACUCCAUCUCAUGCUGAUGCCAACAGUGGAAAUUUUCUUUUCUCUGUCUUAAAAAAAAAGUUCAACACCUCUAGGAAAACAUUUCAACUACCCUAAACUUGCUCCUCCUUUCCCAUCAAUAAAAAAAAUCACUUAAUCCUUAAAUGUAUUUUAUUUUGGACAUUUAAGUAUCACACAAAUGCUUCCUUAUUCACUCUUCUCUUGUUUUUGCACAGAAAGUUUUAAGUUUUCUCAGUCUUGUGAAAACUGCAUUAUCACCCACAACUGGUUUCCAGACUCCUUGUGUGUGUGGAGAGCAGCAGUAUAAGUAUUAUACUUGAGCUGCUCUCCUUAACCUGAUAUCAAAGACAAGCUGAGAUAACUUUUCCUCCUCAGCCAAGAAGAAAACAGCAAUCAAGAGUCAAACGCUGCACAGUUUAGCUUCAUUAUUCGACUCGUGGAAAAAAAGCAAGAUAAAUCGUGGACUGGAGGUGUGAGUGUCUGACAAAACAAGCAAACUCAUUCUUCCAUCUUGGACCUUAUGACAUGGUUAUAAACUUUUUUGCACUAUUGUUGGCUGAACCAAAAAGAUCAAGAAAACUUCUGGUGAAUCAAUGAUCCAAAUUAAAAGUAUUGAUUAUUUUCCUUCUUUCACCAACAUAAUUUCAACUAAUUAAAUUCUCAAUUUACCUUUUUCCCUUCAGUUUCAGACCUUCGGUUUACUCUCUAAUUCCACAAAAGGUUGAGCACUGUGCAUGAAAAUGUCUUAAAGUUUGAUUGUUUUUAUUUAAUUAAAAUCGUGAGAAGAAAUUUUUAUCAAAUGUUGGAAGGGUUAUCACAUUUUUGCGUGCUUAAGAAUUUUAGUUGCUCAACAGCAAAGGGUCUCCAAUUUGAUAUUUUUCAAUUCAUACGACACCAGCUGUUGAGGGCAAAGAAGUCUUCAGUUUUUCUAUUUUCUUGAUCACUGUUACACAUGGUUAAUUCUUGGGCUGAUGCAGUUUCAACCUACUUAAGUGGAUGCAACAAUAAACUGUGUUCACAGACAUGUUUUUUCAGGAGUGAUCUUAAGCACAUGCAGCGAUUUCCACUUCAGAGUCAUGCCUUUUUUCCAGGCAGUGCCAUGUAAGGGUCUGAUGAUCAUGGUCAUCCAUGUCUGUCCCUUUUGCACAGAGAUUUGUCCAGACUCUCACUCUCUCAUGUACUGUUACACACAGUCAUGUUACUGCAGAUAAACGCCUAUAGCUAGGAUUUGUCCCAGUCCCUAUUUUUGGACGUGUUAAUAGAAAGACACAAAAACCUUGCAUGGGAAAAUUUCUUAACUUGCUUUAUGCUUAAUUUUUGCUGUUUAACCUCCUUCUAAUUGUUCUUUUAAUCCUGAUCUUACCCUUCACCCUUCUAGUUGUCCCACAAACCCAGUAAGUGCUCCCCAGCCCAAAUCCGCCGUUUGGCCUCUCAGGUGGACGGUACUCGCCUGUGGGAGAACCACCUGAGGCCCAUCCUAAUCGAGAGGCUUCCAGGGACACAAGGGAGCCUGGCUGUACAGCAGGUGUGUGUGCAUAUUUAUAGUUUCUCCCUCUCUGUGAGAAAAGUUUCCAGGCUCAUGUUAAACUCUCUCUCUCUCUCUCUCUCUCUCUCUCUCUCUCUCUCUCUCUCUCUCUCUCUCUCUCUCUCUCUCUCUCUCUCUCUCUCUCUCUCUCUCUCUCUCUCUCUCUCUCUCUCUCUCUCUCUCUCUCUCUCUGUGCUUUCCUUCAGCACAUUACCUCCUCUCUGUCCUCACUGUCUGCCAGCUGGGCCGUAGAUUUAGACUCAUUCCAGUCUUCAACACCUCGCGGUCAAGUCACGUUCACGAACAUUGUAGCAACCCUGGACCCCUUGGCCCCUCGGAGGUUACUCCUGGCCUGCCACUAUGACUCCAAGGCUCUACCUCCAGAUCCCCGGAACCCUUACAGGGUGUUCCUGGGGGCCAGUGACUCUGCUGUGCCUUGUGCCAUGAUCCUGGAAUUGGUCACCUCUCUGGAUGCCCAGCUGAGAUCAUUUAAACAGCAGGUUUGUAGUAAAGUGAUAAUAUUAGAGGGGUUUUCUCAGGUUUGAUACUUCACUCCCCGCCUUCAAAGCAAACAGAAAAGCCCGAGAUGCUGAUGAGUAUUUUUUUCUCUUACACUGACUUCAUCCUUCUGCCUCUGUGCCUGCAGCACAGGCGAGAAAAUGCUGACUCCAGCUCGUUUCUUUCUUUGCAGCAGUCAUCUGUAAAUAGCAGUAUCUCUCCUGGGGCAGUGAUUUAUGUAGUUACUGUCAGAACACACCGCAAAAUUACCGCAGAAAGAGAAACCGGCAUCACUCGCUGGCUGCAUCCUUUUUUAAUUAAAUUUCCUCUUCUUUUUCUUCCUUAUACCUGGUAGAAACUUCCAGUGACUCUUCAGCUGGUGUUUUUUGAUGGGGAGGAAUCAUUUGAAGAAUGGACAGCCACAGACUCGCUGUACGGUUCCCGUCACCUGGCGGAGCGAAUGGCCAACAUGCCGCAUCCUGCAGGACACACACAGGCCACCAUGCUGCAGGCUGUGGUGAGGAGACUGUCUGCUCAGUGCAGCUAACACACUGCCUCCAUUGUCACAUGCUCGCCUCCAGACAUACACUAAAUUAUGGAUGAGGAGGCUGAAUUUAGUAAACUCCUCUUGUUUUAACCCAAACUAGAGCAGGCCUGUCUUUAUGAUCUGAAUUUAAGUUUUAUAUACAAACAUUUUAACAAAUCAUAUGCAGUGUUUGGAUCACACAUCUACUGAGAAAUUCAUACUUUUUGUUUGAGUUGGAGAAGAUAAGGGGACAUAAAUAAGACGAUAUCCUUUAGAUAUGAAUAUAAUCGGCACUCUACUGCCGCUACGUAUGAGGGAUUUCAUGGCAAAAAAGUCCUUCAAAAAGUAGUUUCAGAAGCAUCAUUUGAUCCCCUAGAAUGUUCCUAAUCUGUAAAUGCUGUUCUUUGGGAGGACGGGCAGUUUUGGUGGGGCUUACAGCACUGAUUAUUUCUGAACGGUUUAGUCUUUUUUGGACAUUUCAUUUCAGCUACAUCUUCUGAAAAAUCUGCAAACCAACAAACUUAAAUGUGAAAAAAUGUAGCUGAUGUGUAAGAGCAAAAACUGCAGUUCCCCAAGUGUCCACUUGAGGUUCAUAUGAGUCCAUAUUACACUGUCCACACUCCACUAAAGUUCAGUCUUUUUAAAGCUGAAGGGGUUGAAAAUGGUUCCUCGUUCUUAGGGUUGUUGGUACUGUUGAGUUCAGGUUUCAAUGACUUUCCUGUCCAACUUUGCCAUCCACUUCUGCUUUGCCUCUUAUGCAGUCAUGUGACCACACGUGACUGCUGUGUUUCCAUCUUCAGACCUCCUUGUUUUAUAAUCCUCUAUAGGACCUCUUUGUUCUGCUGGACCUGCUUGGCGGUCCUGAUCCACUGAUCGCGAAUCACUUUGAUAACACGGCACGCUGGUUCGACCGGCUCAUCGCAGCAGGUAAUCACUGCCUGUAACCACCUCAUGAAUAAUUACUGUUCUUCUCAGAUGUGCACCCUAACUCUCUCCUUCACCCCUCACUCUUAGAAAAAAGACUCCACCGGCAGGGGCUUUUGUCGUCUCACCCCUCAGAGCAGACUUAUUUUAGAAAGGAUGUGUACCUUGGACCCGUACAGGAUGACCACAUCCCAUUUCUUCAUAAAGGUUGGAGACACAUUAUAAAAACUUAUCCAACUUUGUGUGAUAUUUUUAAUCAGGACUUUAGUUUUCAAGACCACCUUCCUCUCUCCUCUUCCUCUCUUUUUUACAACAUUUUAGGGGUCGCUGUGCUCCAUGUCAUCGCCACCCCCUUCCCACAGUUUUGGCACACGCUGGACGACACAGAGGACAACAUGCACCGACCCACUGUGGUGAACUUGACCAAGAUCCUGGCUGUGUUUAUAGCAGAGUACCUGGGCUUCUGAACUCCAAACACUGACAUUUGUUUGUGUUGAAGGUCCACUAAAGCACUCUCUGACCCAUACUGGAGGACUAGCACUAUUGGUCACAGUGAAGACACUUUUAUUUAAAGAAAGAAAGAAACAAGCACAAUGUGAACAAAAGUGCAGACAGCAGGAACAUGGAGACGUAAAGUAAACUGCGCUCUUCAUCGAAAAACAACAUUACCAAAGACUUGAGCCCUGCUCGACCUGCUUGUGGUUACCUGUCUGAAGUGUGUUACAGCCCCUGUCUAUUUGUGUAGCCUUCUGAAAGAGAGAGUCUUAACCAGAGUGGUAAAGAAGGUACAUGAAAGAGAGUUCAGUAAAGUUCAUUUUGUGAAUUUCCUUUUUAUUCUUGCACUUUUCCUGGGAAAACUUUAAAAAUUCUUGCAUUUAAGUCCCAUAUGGAUAAGAUUAAGUUGCACUAAUAAUUUUUAAAGACUGCUGUGAAUGCUGUUAAUACAGUGCUAAUGGUAAAGGACAUAAGAAUACAUCUGUGAACAAUCCUGUUGAGAUUUCCAUCAGCAAUGAGGAUCUUUUGGCCUUGUGACCUGCUGUAUUUAGAUGCUGGAUAUACUCUAUGGUUAUCCUGCGCGGUAUGUGUGAAAAUCCGACAAAUGUUGACAUGAACCAGGCAAAAAGUGCAUGAAAACAUCUACAGGUAAGAAACAGCGGUUUUAUUCAAUGUAUCUUAAUAUUGAUGCAUCAUGAGGAAGUCAAAGACAGUAAAACCUGAUGUUAUCACAGAAGGUGUAGCAAUUUUUCAAUAAGGAGAACACUAUGCCAGCAUGGAACCAUGGCGUCUUUAUCAACAAUGCCUGCACAUUCAUGUUUUGGUAAUUAUUUGCAAAUAAUGUUUUACUGGUGGUAAAAUGAAUUGAUUUAAUUCAGAGGUUGAAAGAUUUCAUCAGUUUACACAAGCAGGUUAAAAGGGGACAGACUCAUUUGAGGGCUCUGUUUAUGUGAUGCAGAGAAGGUGGUAGGUGACAGAGAGGUGGUGGUGGAGGAUGUGGGCUGCGAGGAGGUGAAGGGUCGUUGUCAAACGAAGAGCAGAUUUCCCCCAACGUUCUUACCGAGCAGGAUACCAAACUGAAUAAAGAGGUGGAGCACAAGAAACAUGUAAUAAUUAUCUGAUUUCAUCCAAUAAAACACUGAAACAUUGUUUUAAUUUAACCACAUAA